ACACCCCCCUGUUUGUGUCGACCCACAGGGAGUUGCCUGGCCCUUUAAUUGGCAUGUACCAAGUCCUCCCAGGUUCUAUUUCCUCCCCGAGUACCAGCCAUUAGUAAUAAAUGGCCAAAGGCCCAACAGAAGGGAAUGUGGAGACAGUGUGGUGUCUUUAGGGGGAGUUCUGAGAAGACAAGAAGCCAGAGAGGGUGCGGGGGAGAAGCGCGCCCUUGCGGCCCUCCCCUCCGCGCGCCGUAGUCCAGUCCCAAGAUGGCGGCCACCAUGAAGAAGGCGGCUGCAGAAGAUGUCAAUGUUACUUUUGAAGAUCAACAAAAGAUAAACAAAUUUGCACGGAACACAAGUAGAAUCACAGAGCUGAAGGAAGAAAUAGAAGUAAAAAAGAAACAACUCCAAAAUUUAGAAGAUGCUUGUGAUGACAUCAUGCUUGCAGAUGAUGACUGCUUAAUGAUACCUUAUCAAAUUGGUGAUGUUUUCAUUAGCCAUUCUCAAGAAGAAACACAAGAAAUGUUAGAAGAAGCAAAGAAAAAUUUGCAAGAAGAAAUUGACGCCUUAGAAUCCAGAGUGGAAUCCAUUCAGCGGGUGUUAGCAGAUUUGAAAGUUCAGUUAUAUGCAAAAUUCGGGAGCAACAUAAACCUUGAAGCUGAUGAAAGUUAAAAAUUUUAUAAUACUUUUUUUAAUUUGUUUAAUAAACUUGAAUAUUGUUUAAAAUGAUAAUUUUCCUUCUUCUAAUGACAUGGAAAGGAAAACUUUCUUUUUAAAAAAUUUCAUUUAUUUAAUGGAAACUUGCCUAUUUUCACAUGUCUUGCUUAUUUAUUUUAUAUUUUUAAAAGAAGACAGUAUUCAUCUAUGUAUUUUGCAUAACGAUUAUAUCAAGUCUAGGGGCUGUUUGUCAUGUUAUUAAAAUCAGUUAAGCAAUCGUUUGUUUCUAUAUUAUUUAGAAUAUUUGUUGCAAUUUUCAUAUAUAAGAAAAUUUAACAGUGUGUCAUGUUGUUUAUGUCUGAUUUUAGCUGCUAUCUAAAGAUGGUGAAAGCACUGCAAAACAAUGUGCAAUUCUGCAUCUGUCUGCUUCACAUAUUUCACAACUAAAACUUUGUCAUAGACUUAAAAAUAUGUAUGUAGAUAUUUUAUUUAAAUCUGUUAUAUAUUUAAACAUACAUACUUAACCUAUCUUUUACUUAUACAUCAACAUUGGAUUUUGGUAAAGGAACGGGUCCUGUUCAAACAUGUUGAGACGUGUCAACCUCAGAAUAAAACCACUGAAGAAUGUUGUAGAAACCAAGACAUGUAUGGAAAGAAAUGUUUAGCUUUUUUUAAAUUGUAAGUUUUAGACUUUUUUUAGUGCUUUGUAAUUAAGUGGGGUUUAUAUUGAUAAUGAUGUGAAGUUAAGCAGCUAUGUAUUUAAAAGUAAGGCUUAUUUCUUAAAUAAAGAAUAAUUUACCUCUUA